GCAUCUGUGAGAGCCUCGGCGGAGAGAUGGGUGCUCUGGGCCGGGUCCUGCUGUGGCUGCAGCUCUGUGCAAUGACUCGGGCCGCCUACAAACUUUGGGUCCCCAAUACCUCCUUCGAUACUGCCUCCAACUGGAACCAGAACCGGACCCCGUGCGCGGGAGAUGCGGUUCAGUUCCCGGCGGACAAGAUGGUGUCGGUCCUGGUACGAGACAGUCACGCCAUCUCGGAUAUGCUCCUGCCUCUGGACGGGGAGUUGGUCCUGGCCUCGGGAGCUGCACUCAGCGCUGCAGGAGGCGACUCGGACCCAGCUUGUAACCCUGGCGCCCCGUUGCUCUUCCGCAAUCCCGAUCGCUUCUCCUGGCUUGACCCGCACCUCUGGAGCUCCGGGACUCAGGCGCCCGGGCUCUUCUCCGUGGACGCCGAGCGCGUGCCCUGCAGCUACGACGACGUCCUCUUCCCGCGCGAUGGAUCUUUCCGCGUGGCGCUUGGCCCAGGCCCCAACCCGGUGCACGUUCGCAGCGUCUCGGCAGUGGGCCAGACGUUCUCGCGCGACGAGGACCUGACUGCUUUCCUGGCGUCCCGCGAGGGCCGCCUGCGCUUCCACGGGUCGGGCGCGCUGAGAGUGGGGUCCCAAGCUUGCACCGACGCGUCGGGCUGCGUCUGUGGCAACGCCGAGAUGCUGCCGUGGAUCUGCGCGUCUCUGCUGCAGCCCUUGGGCGGCCGCUGUCCCCAGGCCGCCUGCCAGGACCCCCUACUGCCUCAAGGACAAUGCUGUGACCUCUGCGGAGCUAUCGUGUCGUUGACCCACGACCCCACAUUUGACCUGGAGCGGUACCGAGCGCGGCUGCUGGACCUCUUCCUGAAGCAGCCCCAGUACCAGGGCCUGCAGGUGGCUGUGUCCAAGGUGCUGCGCGACGCCCACACCGAGAUCCAGGUGGUGCUGGUGGAGACCGAGCACGCGACCGGCGCGGCGGGGCAGCUGGGCCACGCGCUCCUCCAGGACGCGGUGGCACAAGGCAGCGUGCUCGGUAUCGUGUCGGCGACCCUGCGGCAGUCCGGCAAGCCUAUGACGGCAGACUCAGAGCUGAAUCAGAGCUCGUCCGGUGCCGGGCUGGCGGGCGGCGUGGCGGCCUUGGUGCUGCUGGCUCUGCUGGGGACCGUGCUCCUUCUGCUGCACCGCAGCGGAAGGCUCAGGUGGAGAAGGCAUGAAGACGCUGAGCCCGUAUCGGCUGGGCUGCCGCUGGGUUUCCGAAAUCCGAUUUUCGACGCGAUUGUCUUCAAGCAGCAGCCUUCGGUCGAGCUACCUGACUCAGCUCAGAAGGUGGACAUCUUGGACAUUGAUACCAAGUUCGGCUGCUUCGUUAACCCACUCUUUGCUGGGGAGGCAGAGGCAGAGGCCUGACCUGCUAGAAGGGUACUAGGCUUCUAACCUGUGGACUGUUCACCCCCUCGGAGACCGUGACUUCUCUCCUGGUGGCAAGGACAGACUUACCUUGCCCAAUAAAGAGUUGCUUGUUUGUUUUUUAACUUGAUAGCCUGGUCCUACUUGUAACCUUGCUUUACUUGAGCGAUGGAGAUCUGAACUCUGGUCCUCAGACCCACGCCGCAAGUGCUGUUACCAUUCGGGCGCAGUGUUUUGUUUUGAGGUGAGCGUCUCACCAUGUACUCUAGGAAGGCAUUAAACUUUUGGGCUCAGAUA